AUCCAAGAUGACAUGAAAAUGGAAUAUGAAAUGAAGGGCUGGGUUAAUGGCCAUGAAUUUACCAUUGAAGGUGAAGGCAACGGGAAACCUUACGAGGGGAAACAGACGGCCAAUUUUAAAGUCAUCACAGGGGCACCACUUUCAUUCUCCUUUGAUAUACCGUCGUCAGUAUUUCAAUAUGGAAACAGAUGCUUCACUAGGUAUCCUGAAGGCAUGCCCGACUAUUUCAAACAAGCCUUUCCAGCUGGAAUGUCAUAUGAAAGGACAUUUACAUUUGAAGAUGGAGGAGUUGCUACAGCCAGUGGACACAUUAGUCUUGAAGGCAACUGUUUCAAGCACAAGUCCAUUUUUCAUGGAGUAAACUUUCCUGCAGACGGACCUGUCAUGAAAAAGGAGACAACUGGCUGGGACCCGUCCUUUGAGAAAAUGACAGUCUGUAAAGGCUUUCUGAUGGGUGACAUUACUAUGUUUCUUCUCCUCAAAAAUGGAGGCUAUCAAAGAUGCCAUUUCAACACUACUUACAAGUAA